CCUUCAUGUUAUCAUCAAUCAGUGGUGGCCGUCAAAAUUAAAUUCCCUCCAACCUUAUUACAUGCCGCCGACACAGACAACAAUAUCCCCCUCAAUUCCAUUUUUUUGGGUUCUCCAGGAGAGAUGGAAAAAGGGAAAGUUAAGGGAGCUCCAUCUCUGUCCGUCGAAGAUGAGACCAGUGCUUCUGUGAAACAUGAUUAUACUGCGCCGGAGGUUGCAGAUGCUUUUCUGAAACAAUACUAUACUAUUCUGCAAAAUUCUCCUAAAGAUGCUCACAAGUUUUAUCACAAUGAAAGCAUUCGCGCCCUGCAAUGUGCGGACGGUUCCAUGAAAUCAGUAACAACAUUGGAGAAUAUUGAUCGUGAGAUACUGGUUUCUAAUAUCAAGGAGUGGAAUCCUAAUUUAAGCACCAUGCAUGCCCAAGAGUCGAUAAUGAAUUCCGUUAUUGUAGGAUUGACCGGCUCCUUCACGGACACUGAUGAUGUGACAAGAAACUUUUCUGAGACAUUUUAUUUAGCCCAACAAGCAAGCGGUGGCUUUUACGUGCAUAAUCAUUUUCUAAACUUCAUAGAUGUCAACAACAUAUCAGAAUCAUCACCUUCUCUUGCUGAUGCUGCAACCCCUCUGAGUGCUCAACAGGCCAAUGAGAAAGCAAACGAAUCCUCCCUGGAGACUGCACAGGAUCUAAAAAAGAAUCAGACCGACAAGUCUACAUCUAAAAAGGAUGUUGCUGAUAUUGUAAAUAAGGUUGCCGAUUCAUCAAAAGGGAGAAAUUUACUUCCUAGUGAACCAGAAAAGAAAGUUGAACCCUCAGCCUGGCAGCCACCUAAGAAUAUUCUUGAAAGUUCAAAAAGAAUCUCUUAUGCAUCAAUUGUGGCAAAAGAGGUUUCGGUCAUAUCUGCUGCACAAGCAUCUCCUAGUGCUGUUGUUGCACCCACAUCAUCUGUCCUCAGUGCACCCAAAUCAUCUGUUCCUGCUACACCCAAAUCAUCUAUUCUUGGUGCACCAAAGUCGUAUGUUCUUGCUGCAACCAACCCAUCAGUUCUUCCUGUUAAAGCAUCAGCACUUCCUUAUAACGGUCCUUCCGAAAACAUAUAUGAUGUUAAGGCGAUCCGUGUCAAGGAUUUACCACCAAAGACAACUCAAGAAUCACUACUAGAGGUGGUGAAAACGUUUGGAGCUGUCAAACUGAAGGACAUCCAAAUUAAAGAAUACGCACAGGAUGGGUAUCGUUAUGCUUUUGUUGAAUUCGAUAACUCUAAAUCUGCCCGCAAUGCAGUGGAGGCUCGCUUCAUCCAGCUCGAGGACCGAGAAUGUGAAAUUCAGUAUAAGAAAACUUCUAAUCAAGGAGGAUAUAAUAAUCACAUGGGAAGGCCACAAGCUGGACGUGGUGGGUUCCGAAAUGACAAUUCCUGGUACCAUGAUGGCGAAGAGUAUAACAGUGGCAGCUGUGGUCGUAGGCACAAUGAGCAUGAGAACAGCGGUCAAUAUUAUGGUCAAAAUCGAGAUCAUGGCUAUAACAGGCACAAACGUUACUUCGAAGACCAAGGUCAAGCCCGCCGCUUCACCUAGUGACUCAACAUCUUAAAAGAAGGGUAUGAUGUGAAGUUGACUCUCAAAGGGACUUAAAAAACUGCUGAUUUUGUUUUUGGUUUCGGAUAAAAGAUUCUUUGGUUAAAACCUUUAUUGGUUUUAGUUUUUCGAGGGGUAUACAGAAAAAUAUCACCUUUUGUUUUCCUUUCUUAAAUAGCUUACAGUGAUACCCAAGAAACUUGGGGUAUAUGGAUCAGUUGAAGAUAUCAUGCUGUUCAGUUGCUGACUUAUUUUUGUGUUAUGGUAGUCAAACUUUUAGACAUGUCAAUUAUGUUCAAAAUCA